AGCAAUGGCCAUCUUCUGUUUUCUUGUAGACCAAAGGAAGCAAGUCCGAGGGAGGAAGCCUGCGGCCGGUUUAUGCUCGAGGUGCGGAGGAGGAGCAGUGGUGGCUGACAUGAAAACCUCCACAAGAUUCUGCGGGGUUCCCUUUUACCGCAAAGCUUGGAAGGCCAUUGUCUGUCACUUCUGUGGAGCUGUGCUCAAAUCUUACCACUGAUAACUGAUGUACCAACCAUAUUUGUUAUUUUUUUUGUUUUUCUAAAUAAUUUGUUUGUUUUAAUGAAUCAAGCUACUUGCCAUUGUAUGUAGCUUGACUGCCUAGAGAGCCCCCUACUGUUUUGUUGUUAUUCAGCUAUUUUUCUAUAAGCUUUUGAGAUGGAUCUUCUCCUUUUUGUUUAUCAUAAACUGAAGUGAAACAAACAAGUUUGGUAAGAAAAGUUAAUAGGAAAAGCAUGAAGGAAUGAUAAUCAAAAAGUUACCCCAACUUGCUUCCAGUCGUUUUACAGCUUUCAUCAUUAAAUGCCUCUCUCUCUCAGUACAGGCAGGUGUCUCAUGUUUGAUAGCACUUAACAUAUCUGAGGAAGGCCCAAUUGUUUUGGGCCGCAUAUAUUCUGACCCAAAAUUAACAUCAUAAAUCCCUAAACCUCUUUUGUCUUAUUCCAUAACCCUAAUUAAAAUUAGAUUCGUCAUAUCUAUCUCGAGAGAUCAUCAUCAUCACUUUUCAAUUGGACGAUGGAUACCGAAGAUAUCUUCGAUUGCAUACUCCGCCUAGAGGAAACACACAUACAGCAAGGCUUCGACGAAGGUUACGAAGCGGGCCUUGCGUCGGGUCGGGAAGACGCUCGCCAUCUUGGAUUGAAACUCGGGUUCGAGACAGGCGAGCUUCUCGGAUUCUACAAAGGCUGCUCUUCCCUCUGGAACUCUCCUGCUCUCCUUGCUCACUUGUCUCCUCAGCUCCACAAGCACCUCCACGAUUUCCAAGCCUUGCUCGAUAAGUUCCCGCUGCUGGAUCCGGAGGACGAAAGCAAAGACGAGAUCAAGGAUAGUCUCAGGGUCAAGUUCAACAUCAUAUGCGCGUCUCUCGGCGUACCCAAGAAACAAUUAUCUUGGUCGGAGGAGGAGAUGUGGAGGAGAGAAAUGCUUGGUUGUUGCAAGGUUUAUAUAUCUGAAGCGCGGAACAAGACUGCCCUUGAAGCUAUCGAGAUAGCCGCAAAGCAUUAUUUUCCACCAGCCGCGAUUGUCAACAAGUUUGAAGACGCUGCUUAUGGCAGGGUUGGGUACACUCUUGUCUCCGCUCUAGCUGACGCGGGGUCAUCAUCUUCUCCCCUGAAGAGUGCGGUCUUUGCAAUGGUUAAGACUGCUCUCGACGCGAUCAACCUCGAGUCGCAUUGUGGUUCUCAUCCUCGGCUUGGAGUGGUCGACCACAUAUGCUUUCACCCUUUGUAUGAGACCUCUAUCGACCAAGUUUCUUCCGUUGCUACUUCCUUGGCGAGGGACAUCGGAUCCAUUCUCAGGGUUCCUACAUAUCUAUAUGGAGCAGCACAUGAGGAGCAUUGUACGCUGGAUUCGAUAAGAAGGAAGCUGGGGUACUUCAAGGCGAACAGGGAGGGACAUGAAUGGGCAGGUGGGUUGGAGCUGGAGGUGGUUCCUGUCAAGCCAGACGCAGGGCCACAGGAGGUGAGCAAAGCCAAAGGGGUUGUAGCGGUUGGGGCGUGCGGGUGGGUCAGUAACUACAACGUGCCAGUCAUGUCAACCGAUCUCAAGGCGGUGACGAGAAUGGCGAGGAAGGCAAGCGAGAGAGGAGGAGGCUUGGCUUGGGUGCAGACGAUGGCUCUGGUGCACGGGGAAGGAGUGAUAGAGGUCGCUUGUAACUUGUUGAAUCCAAGCAUAGUCGGAGGAGAUGAAGUUCAGGGACUGAUCGAGAGGCUUGGCAGAGAGGAAGGUCUGAUUGUGGGAAAAGGGUAUUAUACGGACUAUACAGCCGACCAGAUCGCUCAAAGGUAUAAGGAGUUGCUCAUCGUUUGAUAUAAAUACAUGAGUUGUUUGUGUUCAAGAUGAGAAAUUAUAAAGUCAAAAACAAUAUGUUGUCAUUCCCAACAUCCAUCUUAUAGAAUAUUAAUUAGAUUUUGUGGUUGUGUA